GAGAGAGCCAGAGCUCCAGUGAGUGAGUGAGUGUGGUCGAGUGAGGUAGGCAUACAGUGGUGGAGAGAGAGCGCCAGAGCUCCAGUGAGUGAGUGAGUGUGGUCGAGUGAGGUAGGCAGACAGUGGUGGAGAGAGAGACAGAGCUCCAGAGAGAGUGUGUGGUAGUGGGAACUCCAGUGAAUCUUCAGGCCUGUCUGUCUCUCUGUAUCUUUCAUCAGUGUCUUUCGGACCCGCACCGGUGUGUAUCCACGCAUUUCACACGCGUGUUCCUCAGUGGAGCUGAAUUCCUCAAUAAGGGGCAUGUGAUUGUUGUGUUUACAGUGUGGUUGGUGCAGUAGGUCCAUUGCUCCAGCAGUCUCAGAUCAGCUCUGUUUAUGAAUAUAAUCCUCUGAUGCCUGCAUCCGUGUAUGAGUGACGAUGCUCUAGAGACGGCUUCAUUGGAUUACACUUUCUGUCUCGCACUGUAUUCAACCCUGAAUUUUACCCAGACCUCGACAAACAGCUGCCCCGUGUUGGUGACGUCCACUCCAGAACCAUGUGAGGGGUUUUUAAUGCAUCUCUUGAGUGGACUGGAGCACUGCCUGUAACCUCCCCUCUCCCCGCCCCAGUUUAUACAAACCCCACCCCCUCCCUGUAGUCCCGCCCCUGUAUCAGUGGGAACUCGCCAUGAUGUUCCGGGACCAAGUGGGGAUUUUGACAGACUGGUUUAAGGGCUGGAAUGAGUGUGAACAGACGGUGGCGCUGUUGUCGCUGUUGAAGCGUGUUUCUCGGACGCAGGCGAGAUUCCUGCACAUCUGUCUGGACCACUGGCUGGCCGACUGCACAGAGAUACACAUACUAGAGGCAGAAGCCAACAAUGCAGCGAUCGUCAGUCAAUGGCAGCAGGAGCCGAAGGAGAAAGCCGUGUCUCUCCUGCUCUCUCAUCUCCCUCUGCUUCAGCCACGGAACAGCGAAGCCAAGUGUGAAUACAUGAACCUCCUGCAGAAGGUCUUGAGUCACACCAUCGAGAGCAGCCUGUUCGUGGAGGAGAGCCGACAGCUGCUGUCUUACGCCCUCAUUCACCCUGCCACCACCCUCGACGACCGCAACUCUCUUGCCAUGUGGCUCAAUCACCUGGAGGAGCAUCUGUCCACACGGCCACCCCCGCCUGGACCGUACCAUCACGCCCGGCAGGGCUCAGACGAGUGGCCAGGUCCUGCCGAGUCCCUGGAGCCGUCGUAUAGCUGGCAGGAGAAGCUACCAUCCACCUGCAGCUCGCCGGCUGGACAGAACGGACACAUGCCUUUCCCCGGGACGGGUGGAGUGACCUCACCUGUCAACAGCAGCAGCAACAGCACAGGACUGUCUGGUCAGGUUCAUCCGAGCCCACUAAAGCCCUCAAUGUCACUCACACCCAUCAAUCAGUCAGCCUGCAGCUCUGAUUGGCUAAACCAGGAUGAAGGGAGCGGGUGUCAGGGCGUGACCGGAGCAGAACAUGCCCCUCUGUCACCCCAGAGCAGCGUUGCGUCGUCGGGGAGUGAACAGACGGAGGAACAGAGCAACGCACGCAACACUUUCCAAGAGGACGGCAGCGGAAUGAAAGAUGUGCCCGCCUGGCUCAAGAGUCUUCGUCUGCAUAAAUACGCGUCGCUCUUUUCUCAGAUGACGUACGAAGAAAUGAUGAUUCUCACAGAGCAACACCUGGAGUCACAUAACGUUACGAAAGGAGCUCGGCACAAGAUCGCGCUGAGCAUACAGAAACUCAGAGAACGACAGAGCGUCCUGAAAUCUCUUGAAAAGGAUAUUCUGGAAGGCGGGAACGUUCGCAAUGCUUUACAAGAGCUCCAGCAGAUCAUCAUCACGCCAAUCAAAGCUUACGCCCCGCCCGCUGCUGCCCAGAAGGAGGUGGAGCCCGUGGAUAAAGCAGCCAAUCCCGGCGAAGAGAAGGAAACGGAGGGAUUCCAGACCCACAAUCCUCCACCAUGUGACGGAGAGUCCUCGUCUGCACCUAUCUCUGAUGGAGAUAUCGCAGGACAGUUCACACGCGUGAUGGGGAAAGUGUGUACGCAGUUGUUGGUAUCCAGACCGGAUGAGGAGAAUAUCAGCUGUUACCUGCAGCUCAUAGAGAAAUGUCUGACACAUGAGGCAUUUACAGAGACGCAGAAAAAGAGGCUGUUGUCAUGGAAACAGCAGGUGCUGAAGUUGCUCCGCCUCUUCCCACGGAAAACCAUGAUGGACAGCGGAGUGUACCGGAGAGGGUGGCCGGCGUACGGCUCGAACUCUCUGCCCACAGCUGGAUCUGUGAGCGCAGGUUUGGGUCGUCGAGGUCAGAGGUCGUUCCAGAUGCCCCCGCGAGGAGCUCCUACCCCCGGCCGCUUGGGGCUGAUGACUGCUGCUGGUCUGACCGGAGCAUCACCGCGACACACGCUCACAAACCCCACGGCCAUCACUGCACAGGGCCGACAGAACCUGUGGUUUGGGAAUACUGGAGGCAGUAACAGCAUGCCGAGUCAGAGCAGAAGUUCUGUUCAGAGGACUCACUCACUUCCUGUGCACACAUCUCCACAAACCAUGCUCCUGUUCCAACAACAAGAAUGCCAAGUUCCAGGAACAGAUCUGGAGAUUAAUCCCACGCUGGAGUCACUGUGCCUCAGCAUGACAGAGCAUGCCUUAGGGGAUGGAAUGGACAGAACAUCAACAAUAUGAAAACAAACAACGCUGAAAAAAACAAACACUUCAUCACUUCGGCUGUUGCUCCAGUAGCCCAGCACACACACAUACACACACACACUCAAAGAAAAUGAGUCACUACAAAUCACACAAAACUAACUGUGUAUAUGUUCUCUAAUAUUUUUCUACUUUAUUGUACUCAGCUAAGUUUACUAUAAAUGGAAUACAGAAAACUAUUAUAUUAUAUAAGGGAGAGCAGGACGAGUGGAAGAUGGAAGCAAAUGUUUUUUUUUAGCCGAUCUGAGCUCAAACGCCACUAAACGUUUAACAGCUGAUUGGCUUGAGCGGUGACCUGGAAUGGUGCUGUUUCAAAGGGCUUUCGGCCAUUGAGAGACGAUCCAUUGAGCCACGAUCAUUCCAUCGGUAGCUGUUUAUCUAAAUGUCUGUCGUACUCAUGUGAUGAUGAACAUUAACAUCGGCUUCUUGUGUCCAUCUGCUGUCUGUCUGCAUGAACUCUCACCUCCCAUGACGGACUUCCUGCGGCUUUUCUGCGUUCUCACGUAAAUAAAUGGCAGGCACGAGUCCCUUACACCUGUAUGUUUAUCGAUUAUAACAUCGUUGCGUUCUUAUUUCUGUUGAGGUACAGGAGGUUUCUUCGCACUUAUACAUAACAUGUUUACCGGGGCGUCACUACAGCGCACUCUCUGUGAUAAUUUCCUGACUCGCAGAUUUGUAGUGGUUUUGUAAAUAUGCAGGUAUAGGAAUAUGAGCAAAGAGUCUUUAUCCAGAUGAUUUUUAUACACGGCCAUUAUGCAGAGGGGGAUUGUGGGAACUGUUGUCCCGUGAGAUCGAGCUGUGCUCAUCUGUUAACGAUGUUCCUUCAACCCUUCAAUUCUUUGUGACUGACAGGGACGUCCACCAAUGAUCGACUCCGCCUGACUGACUGAUGCACAAACCCACCAAUCAGAUUCUAUUUCAUCUUCAUGUCUGUUUCCUCCCUGCCACGAGAGGCCGCUUCAAAGAUUUGACCAAUCACAACGGUGCUUAUAAACGGCACAUAUGUGUUUCAUUCAUUUGGUGUGUCUUUUCCGUUGGGAUGGUACAGUCUGUGAGAAUCCCAUUCUGCCUUGCGGAGCAUCAGAGAGUAAGUGUGUGUGUGUGUGUGUGUGUGUGUGUGUGUGUGUGUUACUCUGGUCGUAACGAGCGAGAAGGGUCUCGGGUGUCUCUGUGUUUUGUAUGUCUCUCAGAGCUGCUCUACAUCUAGUAAAACUUUACUGGCUGAAAAACAUGUUUGUUUUUCUUCAUUUCUGUAAGAGUUCUCUCUGUGUUGAAUCACUCCCCAUGUGUUUUUCAGUCUAUAUGGGUGAAUCUCACAAAACCUGUCAAGAAAAUGUCCAGCUCAUACAGUAUUUCACCCCAUAAUCAACAAAUAUAAAUUCUAUUUGGCUUAAAGAAAAGCAUAUUUUUAGGACCAUUUACCCCCAAAUUACCGUUACUGUAAUGUAAAAAAAAGAUAUGUCAUUUAGGUUAAGUACAUUUGUUAAAAUGAAUUGCAAUUAUACAUCAUGGUACUAUUUGGUGAACUGAAUUUAAUUUAUGCUGAUUUUUAUGAAGCAUAAAUGUGUUUGGACAGAUGAUUUUCAUUAGAAUAUAUAUAUAU